UCGGGCUCGGGCUCGGGUAAGAUGAGACGUAAAACCCCGAAUCGAGUCGAGUCGGCAAACGCUUCAUACCUUUUUCUAUAAAUCUCCCACUGAUUCAAAUUAGAGAAAGCCUUGAAAAGGCAAUGGCCAUCACACGGAGACCCGCCGACAUUGGCAAACCUAAAGAACAAAGGGCGGUGGAAGCAUCCGAAGUCAAACAUAAUUUGGUUGCAGAACUUGUGAAAAACUUCGGCGGUGGUAGGACUAAAUUUCAGGAUUUUGAUAAGAGAGAACAUAUAGCUGCAGAUGAUGCAGAAAAUCUAUCCGACAUUGAUGACUUCGAGGUUGUUGGAUAUCUCAAUAACAAGAAGGAGAUGCAUUACAAGAAAAUCUUAUGGGAAAAAAUGAAUCAAGAGUUUUCGAAGAGUGAUGAUAAAUUACAGGGGAAGAAACGAAAACAGGAAACUGGAGGUAAAAAAGAUGUCCGUGCAAAGAGAUCUGCUAAAACAACAGAAAGAGUUGAGAACAAGAGAACAAGUUCGAAAAUAAAUUAUGAUGCUUUGCAGAAGCUGACUGACGAUUUGAAUCAAGUUUCUGAAGAGGCAGAGCUAGGACGAUUGGAACCUAAGGCUUGCGCUAAUGGUGAUUCAGCUGAUAACCUGAAUAUUGGGUUCCAUGAUCUUGAACAGGAGAAUGCGUAUGGUGAAGAUGAUGACUCAUAUAGAGACAAUAAUGAUGAUUCAUGCUAUGGAUAUGAAACUGGAUACUAUAAUAGUGAAGAUUUUGAUACUGAUUACUGAAUUGCAAACUUUCUUCUUUUUUAUUUUCUGGGUCUGGUUUAUCUUAUCUUUAGCUUAGAGCUGCCAGAUGCGAAGAAGCGAUAUAAUACAAUGGUUAAACAUUUUUCUUCUCCACUUUGAGCAAGUGCUUUUUGAUAUUCUCAAGUGUAAAAUAACCAAUGAAGUGAUAGUUUUCCCUAUUAUAAAGUAACUAAUUCAAAGGUA